AUGACUGAUCAAACAGUAGUUUACAUGAAAAACAUCAACUAUAACACCACCGAAGAAGAACUUGGCGCUUUCUUUGAAGGAUUCAAGGUCAAAAAAAUCAUCAUUCCUACCCAUACUGUAGUUUUCGGAUCUAACAAGAGACGUCCAUUGGGAAUAGCUUAUGUUGAUUUUGAAGAUAAUGAUGAGGCUCAGAAAGCAGCAAAAUCAAUCAAUGGUGCCAAAUUGAAAAAUAGAGUUGUUCAUGCAAAGUUACACGUACCAUUCGUCCCUAAAACCAAGAACCCUGGAAAUGACGACCCAAACUCAUCUGGAGAAAAAACAAAGCUUUCGAACGAUACUUUCUAUAUCCCUUACCUUGAUGUGGGAACUACUGACGAACAACUUAGAGAGUUCUUCAAGGUUUAUGAUCCUGAACAAAUUUGUAUCUUUACUGAUAAAAGAAAAAGACACAGAUUUUUCAAUAGGGGCCAAUCUUGUAGUGCUUUAGUCACUGUGAAAUCCCCCAAAUCUUUGGAGGAAAUCAAAGUUGAAUUGAAAGAUGAAAAGUUUAACCAAAAGAAGUUAAGUAUUUGGCCAGCUUCAAAUGCUAAAAUUGAGCGUGUUGUAAAAUACGUUCAAGCUUUAUCUGUUGAAGAACAAAAAAACGGAGGGGAGGAUGCUCCAACAGAACCAAUUGAAAUAAGCCAAACAGAUAAAAUUGGUUUUUAG